AUGGGCUCAGAAUCCGUAACAGCUAUUAGCUCUGCUAUCGAUUCAGGCUCCAGUAACCAAGCCAGAUCCAGGUCACAUUCGAUCUCUACUCAGAUUUUAUCGUCUGUCAAUAAAAAGAUCAAGGAGAUAGAAGAUGCUGAUAGUACUCGAAUUCUCCAAUACAUGGACGAUCAAGUACACGAGACUUGGGACUGUGCGAAAGCUGCAAUGAUCGGCGCCCAGCGUCUCCUACAGUUUCACGAAUUGCCAAAAGAAUGGCAGGAAAAUGAAUAUAUACUGUCAGGGUAUCGGUUCUAUCAAACAACUAAUGCAUGUUUGAAAUCCAUAUUCAUGAUUCACAACGAAACAAUCAAUAUUUGGAGCCACUUGCUAGGAUUUAUAUUCAUGUCUUGUCUUUGUAUCUAUGGAUUUAAUAGCCACUUUUCGGACGCAAGCUUCAGCGAUAGAACCGUGCUAAUUACCUUUUGUGUGGCCGCACUAAAAUGCUUGUUUUGCUCGUCUCUCUAUCAUACCUUUAUCUGUCACUCACAUCGACAGGUCAAACUAUUUACGGCCACAUUAGACUACAUGGGUAUUGCCUUUCUAAUCACCGCAUCCGUACUUGUAUCCGAGUACUAUGGAUACUACUGUCGGCCCAUUAUGCGCAACCGAUACAUGAUGUUCACCUUGGCGAUCGGUAGUCUAGGGAUGUUUGCCCCCUUUUUAAAGCGCUGGGAUACAAAAGAGUAUAGACCACUUCGAAUCGCCGUGUUUGUGUCCAUGGCUGUUUCCAGCAUCAUACCAGUAUUACAUCUCAUUUUCUUGAAUGGAUUCAAAUCAACCUUGAGCUUCUUCAGUUUAGCAUCACUUAGUGUUAUCAUGUAUAUCCUUGGUGUCAUUGUUUAUGCAAAUCGAUUCCCUGAAAGGAUGUACCCUGGUGAAUUCGAUUUUGCUGGAUUCACGAGCCAUGCCAUCUGGCAUAUUUUUGUCUGCCUAGGCAUCUUUUUUCAUUACCUAGCAACUCUAAGGUUUUAUGAAAAUCGUCAUACCUACGGAUGUGGCAUUCUGCCUGGUAGAUACCACUAA